UAUCUAGUCUACUCAUCAAGUGAUGGUUAAGAUCUCUAGAUUCUAGAUUAGUCUAGACUAGUUCUAGUCACUAGAUUCCGGAGCAUUUAUUUUGAUUGCAAGGCCAUGAAUUAUAAUGAUUAACAAGACUUCUUUAUUGAGCUGGCCAAUAUGAUUCAAUUAUUAAACAGCACAGAAGUACUAGAGAUAAAAGUCAUUUUGACUCCUGGAAACAAAAAUGUCCUCAAUUGCAUUUAUGGAAGAUAUUAAGUAGAAUAUACUUUUUAUCAUGAUAGCAUAAAAGUGUCCCUCAAAAUCAUAGUAAAAGACAUUUGAGAUCAAAAUAUAGUACUCAAGUUUUAUUGACUAAGAUAUUUGAAGACAUAUUCACUCAACAUCCAUGAUGGAUGACAUCAAACAAGACUUUAAUAAUGAUCUUAAAAAUAUAAAAAUUGAGAUGGAAAUGUCUAUACAUUCAGAGCCAUCAGAAGAGAGCUCGGUUAGUCAAAGUUCUGAAUUAUGUAAGGCAGAAGGGACACAGACACCUGAAGAACAUGACCAGUCAAUCUCAGUGAUGGAUGGCAUGAAACAAGACUUAAUGAGUGAUCUAAAAAAUAACUUAAAAAUUGAGAAGAUGGACUGGCCUAUACAGUCAGAGACACCUGAAAACAGCUCUGUUGGUCAAAGUUCAAAAUUAUUUUUGGCAGGAGAGACACAGAAAAAAAUAUUGAAUCAAGAAAUUACUUUCAGCAAAGAUGUGUAUACUAGAAUCACACCUAACAAAGAUGUGUAUACUAGAAUCACACCUAACAAAGAGGUGUAUGCUGGAAACUUUAAAGUUCAAGGACAACAUUUCAAUGAACAUCAGAUGGUUUAUGCAGAGAAUCUAUCCAACCAAUUUCAAAUAUGUACAGAAUCAUUCUCUACUUUAUCAAACUUUAAGAGCCACAAAUGUAUGCGUUCUAAAAGGAAAAAAUUAACAAUACUCAAGUGUGACUUGUGUCAAAAAAAAAUUGCGAGUAAAGGAAACUUAAUUUCUCACCUAGCCUUUCAUUGUGGAAUAAAAUUAUUGAAAUGUCGCGUUUGUCACAAAGAAUACUAUUAUUCUUCAAGUUUAAAGAACCAUGAAAUGAUGAUUCAUUCUGCUAAAAAGCCAUUCAAAUGUGAAGUUUGUAGAAAAGAAUUCAUCAAUUCCUCAUUAUUAAAACGCCAUAAGAUGAUUCAUUCUGAAGUAAUGCCAUUUCAAUGUAGGAUUUGUCAAAAACAGUUUAAAGAGUCCAGAUGCUUGAAAAGUCAUGAAAUAACUCAUUCUGGUCAAAAGCCAUUUAAAUGUAACACUUGCCUAAAAGAAUUCAAACGCACUUCAACCUUAAAAUACCAUGAGAUGAUUCAUUCUGAUAGCAAGCCAUUUAAAUGUGACAUUUGUCAGAAAGAAUUCAAACAGCCUGCAGGCCUAGAACACCAUAAAAUAAAUCUUCAUUCUGUUAAAGAAACAUUCAACUGUGAUAUUUGUCAGAAAGAAUUCAAACAGUUUAAAUACUUAAAAGAACAUAAAAUAAAUAUUCAUUCUGGUCAAAAGCCUUUUAAAUGUAAUAUUUGCCUAAAAGAAUUCAAUCGUUCUUCAAACUUAAAACGCCAUGAGAUGAUUCAUUCUGGGAUAAGAGAAUAUAAAUGUAGCAUUUGCCUAAAAGAAUUCAGACGAUCUUCACUCUUAAAACGCCAUGAAAUGAUUCAUUCUGAUAAUAAACCCUUUUAAUGUCAAAUUCAUUAGAAAGAAUUCAAAAGUUUGCAUCAGCAUAAAAUAAAAAAAAUAAAUUUAAUUUGCAAUUUUCAGUGAGAUUUAAUGCAUUCCUCAUUUUUGAAAAAGUCAUUCGUGGAAAAGCUAUUUAAACCUGAAAUUGGUCUUGAAGAAUCUGCAUGGUCUUCUUACUUAAUAUAUGUGUUUUACAAAGCUUAUUAAUUGUACUUAAUAAAUAAAAAGAAGUCAGUUUGUAAAGUCAAACGAUAACUCUUUCUGAUUAAAAGUAACAUUUGUCUAAAAGAAUUAGCUCUUUUUGCAAAACUUAUAUCAACUCACUCGGUCUGUCCAGUCAAAUGUUUGGUCAUGUUAUUUCUCACACACCCAAUCUCGGAUCAGGUUGAAAUUUUGCAAAAUUAAAUUUUGUUCCUGACAAAACAAGAAUCAAUUUAAAACAUAAAUCAAUUUGUUAAUUAACUUAUAAUGACUUGAACAAGGGAAAGAAAUAAUACUUGACAGAUGUGGUGGUUUAAGUUGAAUUAGUUCCCAUGAGGAGGCUUUAGCCCUAAGUUUUAAAUAAAUCAUAAAACUUUUUUUUAGUGUAUUUAAAAAGUGAUCAUUGUAACAUUUAUACAGAUACCUCGUAUUUCUUUCUUCCCCCAUUCCCUUAUCAAUUUGUUCAGACAAGUGAUAGGAUGAUAGCGCUUUGAGAAAGGUAAAAGCAUGAAAUUGCGCUAAACAAAAACAAUAGGUAAAAAUAUUUCUAAUCAUACAGAUAGUCUAGAUGUAUGUACUUAAUAACAUGACUAAUCCAAACUUACUGAUACAAUUACACUUAAUAUAAGCUUUGUUUUUAAUAAAGUUUUUUUUGUUGUUUUUCUUGUUUUUAUAUUUAAACACCAUGAAAAUAUUCAAAAAAAAAGAAAAAAAAAAAAGCUAUGGACAUUUUACAUUGGUCAAAAAGAACAUACAAGGUUCUUAAAUUUGAAUGUCACCAACCGAUUCAUUCUUCAAGAUUAAGGAAAAGAGUAUUAAUUCAUGUAGAUAUGCAGACUUAUCUCUGACCUACAAAUUAAAACAAAAACAUUUGAAUGUGUCAGAAACAAUUCUUUCCUCAAGUUUAAAAUGCGAUGAGAUUCAGCUUGUGGAAAUAUCAUCAUCUUAUAUUAGUACGCUUCUUUAUGAUGUUUUGAUACCGGUAUUAUCAUCUCAUAUUAGUAAGCGUCUUCAUGAUGUUUUGACACCAGUAAUAUCAUCAUGUAUUAGUAAGUUUCUUCAUGAUGUUUUGAUACCGGUAUUAUCAUCUCAUAUUAGUAAGCGUCUUCAUGGUGUUUUGAUACCGGUAAUAUCAUCAUGUAUUAGUAAACUUCUUCAUGAUGUAAUUUUAAUAGGUAAUAAAAAGGGUUAUCAUUGUAAUGCGUGAGAAUCAACUUAUUAAAUAGCAUGUUUUCCAUGUUUACACUUUGAAAAUGAUUGAACUGAAUCAAAAACUUGUAUCCAAUAAGAGAGAGAACAAAACUUUAUGUUUUUAUGAGAUUGAGCAUAAUUGUAUUCAGAAUUGUUUCUUUUCUAGUUGGGAUUGUCAUUUGUGAAUAAAGUGCUAAGAAAAUUACAUUUAUUGGCAUAGACAUUUUUUUUUUCAUUUUAAUAUAAACUAUCUCAGAAAAUACAGGCUACAUCUAAACAUAAUAUUUUUUCACUUGAAAGCUUGAACAUAAUAACUAGCUAAUAUAAAGUUACAUUUUGAAACUUCUUUUGAUGAUUAGAAGAAUCAGAUCUAGAGCAAUUUAUGAUGUCAUAAAGGGGUUUAUAAUUGGUAAUAUUUAUUUAUAUUGAAUUAUUUUUUUUAUAAAUCAUGUACCUUAACUAUGAUAAUUAUUAUUAUUGUAAUUGCCAAUUUUUGGAUAGCCCACAUGUUGAUGAAUGAAGUUGUACUAUAUGUAAUAAUUUCCUCACCAGUUUGAUACAAAGAUCUUGUUACCAUUUUAGUACAAGCAUUAAUCUUUUGUUUAUAAAUAUGUGCAUUCUAUUUUAAGGACAUUUUUCUUUGAUGUACUUUUCUAACUUUAAAGUAAAGUUCAGACCUUGUGAUCUAUAGGGCAGUUGACGUAAAAGUCAUCUAUUUCCAUGGCUGACAGUUGAUGAGGGUGUCCUGUGGCCAGUACAACAACCAACCACCUUUACUUUCCCCAACUAAUGUCAGGUAACCAUUAGAGAUGGGCAGCCUAAAAAUCUCAAAAUCCCUGUCUUCCUGAAGAUUCAAACUCCAGACCCAUUGUUACGGAAGCCAUUAUUCCCUCUACUUUGCUAACAUUGACAAACAUUAAAUAUUGUUCUUUUUGGGGUGGUAAGGGGCUUUUUGAUUGCUAAACAAAACAUCUAAAGCAGUUUUUAAUAAAGUCAAUCUAAUUAAAAAGUACAACUAUUAUUCCUUAUAUCAUAUUGAUCUAAUAUACUGACAACCAAGUCUAUCAUUAGUACACUGACAACCAAGUCUAUUAUUAUUACACUGACAACCAAGCCUAUCACUAGUACACUGACAACCAAGUCUAUCAUUAGUACACUGUCAACCAAGUCUAUUAUUAUUACACUGACAACCAAGCCUAUCACUAGUACACUGACAACCAAGUCUAUCACUAGUACACUGACAACCAAGUCUAUCAUUAGUACACUGACAACCAAGUCUAUCACUAGUACACUGACAACCAAACUUAUCAUUGGUACACUGACAACCAAGUCUAUCACUAGUACACUGACAACCAAACUUAUCAUUGGUACACUGACAACCAAGCCUAUCACUAGUACACUGACAACCAAACUUAUCAUUGGUACA